AUGGAUCCGAGUACGGGCGGAGGUCCAAAGCAGUCGUUGCCUAUCGAAAUUCCUCCUGAGGAGGUAGGCAAGCCGCAUCGCUUUUGGGAUAGUCAGCCUGUUCCGUCUGUCAGUGAGGCACUGCCUGAGGACUGUGGAGUAAUCGAAACCAAGUCCAUAGACGAAGUUCGCAAAACGCCGGUACCACUACCGGAUACCUUCGAAUGGGUGGAACUGGGGGAGGAGGACCUACAAGAGAUCUAUGAACUCCUUUCCAAGCACUACGUGGAAGACAACGCUUCCUGCUUCCGGUUCGAAUAUACUAUGGAGUCAUUAAAGUGGGCAAUUUUCCCGCCUGACAGCAAGCGGAGCUGGACUAUAGGAAUUAAGACCAUGGUGAAAACUCCAGCUCUGGACACCAAGGCGACGGCCAUUGGGGAACGAAAGGCUCAGAGAAAACUUGUUGCUUUUAUUUCGGGUAUUCCGGUCAAGAUCAAUAUCUUUGGUAACCGGAUUGCAGGUGGCGAAGUCAACUUUUUGUGUGUGCACAAGAAGCUAAGAUCCCGACGUUUGGCCCCCAUUUUAAUAAAGGAGCUAACUCGGCGGAUCAACCUUGACGGUGUGUGGCACGCCCUCUACACCGCCGGUAUCUUCAUACCGCGUCCUGUUACUGACUGUCGUUACUACCACCGUUCGAUGAAUGUUGCUAAACUUGUAUCAAUAGGAUUUAGUGCUUUGAGGGCGGGUGAGAGCAUCGAGGAAGCUAAGAAGAAGGCUCAACUACCGGACCACUUCACCGUUCCCGGUAUCAGACCUAUGGAGGAGAAGGACGUGGCUUCCGUGACCCAGCUUUUGAACAACGGAUUCGUCAAAGAUAAGAUCAAAUUGUAUACCGAACUGAACGAAGAUGACGUCUGCCACUGGCUCCUUACCAAGCAAGGAGCCGUUUAUACUUACGUCAAGGAAACAGAAGGAAAAGUCACCGACUUCUUCUCCUUCUACGAACUCAACUCCAAGGUUCUUCGAUUCAACCAAGAAUACGACCUCCUCAAAGCUGCAUACAACUACUACUGCAACGGCACUACCAUGUCCCGUAAACAGCUCCUGGAACAGUCCAUCAUCGCCGCAAACAUCCUCAAAUACGACGUCUUCAACGCACUUGACCUCAACCACAACUUCGAAUGCUUCCAAGAACUCCAAUUCGGACCCGGCGACGGCUCCCUAAAAUACUACCUGUACAACUACAAAUGCCCCCUCAUUAACCCAAACGAAAAUGGGGUCAUCCUCAGCUAG